AUGGUUGAUUUUUUAAACAACCAUUCUGAUUUGUUAAAAGGCAAACAUUCAGCCACUUUUACAAAAAAUAUUGCCGCAAAACAGUGGCAAGAACUAACAGAUUUGUUAAAUUCAAUCCCAGGGCCAAUAAAACACUGGAAAACCUGGCAUAGAACAUGGCAAGAUCUUAAAGCUGAGGCAAAAAAAAACAAGCUCAGCUCAACAAAAGCUUGA